AUGUCGGAACAUCAUUCUUCGGAACCAACUCCUUCAUUACCACCUCGAUCUGAUCAUCUUUCCGACACUGACCAAUCAGUACCAUAUGGGUCGGAUGAUGUCCAAUCGGACCCUGAUAUCACCAAAACCGAAGGAAUAUACUUGGCGACAUCUGAAGGACAACGAUCCGAUUAUUUUGGCGGAGAUGAACCAUUAUUGGAAACAGAACUGUCCGACCCUCCGGAAUCACAAUCUGAUUUUGUCAUUCCGGACAGCGAGCUAGAUCGUGACGACCGAAUCAACAACGUCAUCAAUGCCAUCCUAGCUAACGGGAUGACACUGCGGGAAUUCCUUCGCACUUUUAGACUAUCAGGCUCCGCCCUCAUCAACCCACUCGGCCAUCCGUCUCAAAGACAGAUUGUCAGGAGAACCCUCGACGCCAUCAACUACAUGCAAAGUCAAAACUUGCACGCCGACGAGUUCAUCCUGGCUCUGCUUGAUUGUCACAACCAGGCUCUCUGGCCACAUCAACGAUCCUUACGUGGAGCUGAGCCAUACAAUCGGCGGGUCAUCAAUGGGAUUUUCAACGGCCUCCGCAAUCAAAUCUGCGCGGCUGGAAAUGAAGAUGAGAUCUGGCGUGAUCUCAUCCAACACGAGGCUGACAGUCCUUCCUCACAUUUUGGACAGGCUAAUGACUUGCAAAUCAAUGUCUUGUGCGAUCACGUAAUGUCGUGA